AUGUCUUCUCUCAGUUCCGCCACGGAGUGGAAAGUGUAUGUGAGGGACCACGGCUGGGAGAGGCUUUCUAAAGACCCGGAGGCCCGCCGGCGCAGCGCAGAGCAGUAUGUCCAAGUCUAUGAAUGGGUCUCCUGGGGACCCGACCCCAUCUCCAGGGACGAUUUCCUGCUUCACAAGGGCGCAGACGAACCCGAGAGCUGUAGCUGGCCCAGAGACGAGGAAUCGUGA